AUGCAUAACGACUCCACAACACCCCUCAGACCUUCUGACUGCUCCAGAAGCGGCGGCGGUAACAGGGAGAGGAGUAACCAGACUCAGCAGCAGGCUUCAGCCGUAAGCGAUAUUGUUCAGUCCCAACCCUCGUCGUCGGCGUUGGCACCACCACCGGACCCGCUGAGCGAAGGCGUCUCAGUGGCUGUAAACGACACAAUCCAAAAGCAACAGUCACUCCCCGUUAACAGCAUAGUAGGGUCACUCCGAGAUGGGCCCAGGACGACUGCAUACGCUCAACCACAACGGCUGCAGUCUACGGAAGAAGACGAGGGCCGUCAUGACGGAUUUGUCCGCGGGAGAGUGAAACAUAAUGACGCAGGUGACCUCGCAAAGCGCCAACUCGCUGGGUCGCCCUCUGGAAGCCCACAUGCUUCCAAUGUCACGAACGGGGACUUCGCAGAAUUGCGGGAAACAUCAACAUCGCUGGAAAAAGAUACCUACUCUCCCGCGCAGUCACCUCAUGGCGGGGACGCCGAUACCCACACCAUCCAUACGGACCCUUCAACGACGACGUUGCCUCACCCUGAGCACACCGCGCCUGCUUUAAACAUGGAAGAACACGGAUACAAUAACCCUUGGUUAGCCUUCGGAGACCACCCUAAAGAACACCAGGCCCAAGGCCCACCAGAGUAUGCUGAUGCCCUUCCGGCCGCUUGGAGCAGUGUAUCAGCAGUGGCCGCCGCCUCCCCAAGUCCAUCGGCUCAGUUAUCGCCGUCCACCUGCGAGCUUCUUCGAUGGUCCGAGGCCGCACCAUAUUGGGGCUCUACAGUUCAAACAUGUGCUGUUUAUAGCAUGGAUAGAUCGAGAGUGUACAGCAUCAGAAUAAAUCCCCGGGUGGAACGCGGGUUUUUCGUAGCAGAUGGGGACUGGACUUGUUAUCGAAGGAACUACUUCCAGUUGAGCGUCGGUUUCUCGGCGCUGGACCCAUUAGGAGCACGGCUGGAACUGCCCUGUCUGAUUGCAAUAGACAACCAACUGCACGUAGUAACUGCCUUCUGCCUCGGAAUAACCGCUCGCACGUCCAACGGACAGCGCCCAAUCGAUCUCACCCAGUGCACGCCAAAGCGCGACAAAGGCCCGCAACUGACCCCCCAGCCUCGAUACUGCCAGCCACAGGACAGUCCCGCUGCCUACGGCCGCGGCCACCUCGACACGAUCCAUACCGUCACCUUCGACCGGCUACAGUUCAAAGCCGCCACCGCUAACAAUGGCAAACGCCGCUCGGCGCAGCAGUACCAUGUGCUUGUCGCGGAAUUGUAUGCGGAACAUGAGGAUAGAUCCCGGACUCGGAUUGCGACGAUAGAGUCUGCUCCGCUUGUUGUGAGAGGGCGCGCGCCGGGGCAUUAUGCGUCGAUGCAUAACAAGACGGGGGCGGGCGGGCAUGUCGGUGCGUCGAGUCAGGAGGCGACGCCGGCCAUAACGCCGGAUGUUCAGGUUCCACAUUUGACAUAUGGAGAGUGCAAACCGAAGGAGGAGGAGGACAGCCUAGAGCACGGAAGGGAAGCAACGUCAGAGGAUGGUGGGAGCUCGGUGACGGCAUCACAUAUGCACCUGGGCGCGGUGCUAAAUCCUGAUCCUGCCUAUCUUUCCCGACACGACGCAUCACCUGUACAACAUCAUUCAUCGCCAAGCUCUCAGUACCAUCUCCCCCAGCCCAUCGAGUCAUCCCACAUCUCACAAAUCGUCAAUGAUUACACCUCGCAUCCCCACCACUCGACGCACCCUUCCCCAAUCCUCAAUAACGGGGAAAGGCAGUACGAACACGCCCACCCCCAACCUUCCCUAUACAACCACCCAUCACCCCAACUCACCCGCGCACAACACCACCCCCCAACACCCCACCAGCAAACCACCUACUACCACUCCCAACACAUAUCCCACCCCGAGCUCCCUGCCUCGCCAGCCCAAUCACAUGCAUACGCCUACCACAGUUCUCCCCAGCAGCAAUAUCACCACGGCGUGUCGGCGCCCAUGUCACAUGCUGCUAUGCAUUCCCCGCAGCAGGCGUAUGCUCCGGGCGAGCAUGGUGUGAAUCGUGAGGAGGGGCAGGGGCAGGGGCAGGGGCAUUAUCAGGUGGUGGGGGCGUACCGGGAGGAACAGGGGGAGCAGGAUCAUCGCUAG